UGAGAAAAUAGUAUCAGAUUACACAAUCAUACAGUACUGUGAAUCAUGACCCAGCCAAGUUGACAGAUAUUUUUGGGGUUCACAACUCAAUCCAUGACAGUAUUUUUCUUGUAAGUUUGGGCUCUUGUGGUGUUCUAAGGAUAGGGAUUUUUCACAUGGAAUGUUAUAACUCAUGUUAGCACUGUAUGUCAAUGUAACAUUCUUUUUUUUUACUAGUAUUCUUCAUAUAACUGAAAAUUGUGCUAAUGAUUCUUUAAUGUAGAUAUACACUUAAGUAUAUAUAAAAGUUCAAGUUUCCAAAAACAAUGAUAUGACUUAGGGGAUUUUUUGUUUGAAUAAGCCAUUUAUUAGCUUACUGACACAUUCCAAGUACAACAAAUUUCUGCCUUUUUCAAAGGUCAUCCUCAUCAAAAUAUCUCAUUUUACAGGUGAGAAAACAGAAACCCUGUGAGUUUAGUUGUAUAUCCAAGAUCACAUAGCCAACAAGUGGCAGUACUCUUCUGAAUGUUUAAUAGAUUGAAGCCUCUUUGCCAUAUCAGGUUUUCACUCUUUUAGCUGCUUGUCUUAAUUGAGAUUUGUUCUAGCAGGAAGGUUCAGCUGUUUGUAUAUCUUCAAUCAGCAAUUUCUUGUUUUAGACAAAUCGUUGUUGUUAGCUGCUGUCAAGUUGGCCCUUGACUCAUGGCGACCCUAUCCACCACAGAACAAAGUGCUUCACAUUCCUGCCCCCUGCUUACAGAUGGGUAUGGAUUGGACUGUUGUGAUCUGUAGGGUUUUCACUGGUUGAUUUUUGGAAGUAGAUCUCCAGUCCUUUCUUCCUAGUCCAUCUUAGUCUGGAAGCUCCCCUGAAAUCUGUUCAACAUCGUAAUAACACACAAGCCUCCACUGAUAGAUAGGUGCAUUGGCCCUGGGAAUUGAACCCAGGUCUCCCACGUGGAAGCAAGAAUUCUACCACUGAACCACCAGUGUCCCCAGAUUUUAGCAAACAUUUUCCUGCAAAUCAGCAUGAACUUAUUGUUCUGUAGGAAUCAGAGCUUUCCUUUUCCUUUUUCUUAAAGUUGGACACCACUCUGUGGCCCACUAGGAGUCCUCACCAGGCUUUCUCCCUCUUCACAAGUCACACAGGCUCUAGCAAGAAGGAAUUUCAUUGAAAUCCCGUUCCUCUUUGGAGGCUUUUGUGUUGAUUGGAGUGGUAGGUGAUAUUCUCAUUAGUGGGAGGGCUAAACUGUUUUAACAAAGAGACCUAACAAUCCAUUGGGUUAAAGAGCAUAGAAAAGUAUUUCUUUCUCACCAGGGUGAGCUGUUUAGGUGGUCAGGGCAGCUGUGCCCCAUGGUGUCAUUCAGGGAUCUAGAGUCCUUCCAUUUAUUGAUCUGCCAUCCCCUAGGCCAUUCAUCAUCACCUAUGUGGUAGAAGCCGGGUCUUCUCCAUGUCUGAGUUUUAACCAGAAACAGAGAGAAAGAACAAAACAUGGAGGAAGAGUGUCAAGGGCUUUAAGCCCAGAGGUGGAUGUGACACACAACAGUUCUGACAUCCCAGCAAGAAUGUAGUUGAAAUGGUCAUCUGUAAUCCAAGGAAGAGUGUAGAAUAGCCCACCUGAGCAGUCGUGUUUCAGCUACAGAUCUAUUACAAAGGGAGAACAGAUUUUGGUGGACAGCUAUCAUUCUCAGCAACAGCCCCAAGUGCCUAAGAGUGAUUUAUAGACUUUAUGAAAAGGGGGGUGGGGGGGGGAGAUUAGUCUCAGGAAUUAAUAUUGCUUUCAGCAUUUUUUUAAUCUUCUAAUUUUGAUGUCAUAUACCCAAAAUUUGAUGUAAAUAUAUUUAAAGUAAAAUUAACCUAUAUUUAAAAUAAUGAGAAGUUAUUUCAUAAGCAAGUAAAUCUAAAAUAUGUGAUUAGAUACUGUCUUUAUCUAACCUUGUGAUAUUUCACCUCUGUCAGGGUCUCUGGGUAAUUGAAUAUUGCUAGGGCCUAUAAGGAAUAAAUAUAUGGCUGGGGUUAAUUAAAUCUGGGACUAUACCCUUGAUAAUAAGGGCUCUUUUUUUUAAUUGCAUUUUUAGUAUUACAGGUUUUCUAUACAGCUUUGAAAGUGGCAGGAAAUGGCCCGCCUCAGUGGAAUGCCCUAGAAGACUAGAGCAGUCCUCUCCUUGCUCUACGCAAAGUGCUAGUCUGGCCAUUCUUACAGCAGAGUGAUCCCUCCUGAGCUUCUCAACUUGAACGGCUUGUAGAAAACUUGGAGACAGUUCUAGGACUGUCCCAAAGUUUAUCAGGAAUUGAAAAUAACAUGAAGAACUAAGAUUGUAUAUCCUUGAAGUCUAGAGAGCGAUAAGAAGAAAUGGCUUCCAAAAAUGCAAGUAUGCAUGAUUUUUAUCGAGAAGACGGAGACCAGUUGUACCAAACUCCAAGAUAGUUUUGUGAGUUAGACAUGAGAGUUCUGGAUUAUAUGUAAGUGGUAAUUUUUUGAUUGUGCAGUCUCCCUGCUGUUAGGGCUAGAUACCAAAGAGGAGCUUCAACAUGUCCACGUCUUGAAGUCUUUUAAAAAUGAUACAGUUUACUCCUGCAUGAAAAUGGGAAUGGUGAUAGAAUUUUUAAGGUUAAUUCCAGUCUUACAGUUUUGUUUUGUUUUAAUAUACAGCUCCAGAAUGGCAGAAGACGAUCCAUAUUUGGUAGGGCAUGAACAAAUGUUUCACUUGGAGCAAUUGAAUCAUACGAUAUUUAAUCCAGAAUUAUUUCAACCAGAGAUGCCACUGCCAACAGCAGAUGGCCCAUACCUUCAAAUAUUAGAACAACCUAAACAGAGAGGAUUCCGUUUCCGUUAUGUAUGUGAAGGCCCAUCCCAUGGUGGCCUUCCUGGUGCAUCUAGUGAAAAGAACAAGAAGUCUUACCCUCAAGUCAAAAUCUGCAACUAUGUGGGACCUGCAAAGGUUAUUGUUCAGCUGGUCACAAAUGGAAAAAACAUCCACCUGCAUGCGCACAGCCUGGUGGGGAAGCACUGUGAGGAUGGGAUCUGCACUGUGACUGCUGGACCCAAGGACAUGGUGGUCGGCUUUGCAAACCUGGGUAUACUUCAUGUGACAAAGAAAAAAGUAUUUGAGACACUGGAAGCACGAAUGACAGAGGCAUGUAUAAGAGGCUAUAACCCUGGACUUUUAGUGCAUCCUGACCUUGCCUAUUUGCAAGCAGAAGGUGGAGGAGACAGGCAACUCACAGAUCGGGAAAAGGAGAUAAUCCGCCAGGCCGCUCUUCAUCAGACCAAAGAGAUGGACCUCAGCGUGGUGCGGCUCAUGUUUACAGCUUUUCUUCCAGACAGCACGGGCAGCUUCACAAGGCGUUUGGAGCCCGUGGUCUCAGAUGCCAUCUAUGACAGCAAAGCCCCCAAUGCGUCCAAUUUGAAAAUUGUAAGAAUGGACAGGACAGCCGGAUGUGUAACUGGAGGGGAAGAGAUUUAUCUUCUCUGUGACAAGGUUCAGAAAGAUGACAUACAGAUUCGAUUUUAUGAAGAGGAGGAAAAUGGUGGAGUCUGGGAAGGAUUUGGAGAUUUUUCACCCACAGAUGUUCAUAGGCAGUUUGCCAUUGUCUUCAAAACCCCAAAGUAUAAAGAUAUCAACAUUACAAAACCAGCCUCUGUGUUCGUCCAGCUUCGAAGGAAAUCUGAUUUGGAAACUAGUGAACCAAAACCUUUUCUCUACUACCCUGAAAUCAAAGAUAAAGAGGAAGUGCAGAGGAAACGGCAGAAGCUCAUGCCCAAUUUUUCGGAUAGUUUCGGUGGUGGUAGUGGUGCUGGAGCUGGAGGCGGAGGCAUGUUCGGUAGUGGCGGUGGAGGAGGGGGUACUGGAAGUACAGGCCCAGGGUAUGGCUUCCCCCCCUACGGAUUUCCUACAUAUGGUGGAAUCGCCUUCCAUUCUGGAACCACUAAAUCUAAUGCUGGGAUGAAGCAUGGAGACAUAGGCACCCCAUCUAAAAAAGACCAUAAAGGUUGUGAUGACAGAGAUGCUAUAAAUCUUUCUGGGAAGGUAACUGAAACCACAGAGCAAGAUAAGGAGUCCAGCAGUGAGCAUGAAGAGGUUACUCUGACGUAUACAGUAGGAGUAAAGGAAGAGAAUUGCAGGUUUCAGGAUAACCUCUUUCUAGAGAAGGCUAUGCAGCUUGCCAAGCGGCACGCUAAUGCCCUUUUUGACUACGCGGUAACAGGAGAUGUGAAGAUGCUGCUGGCUGUCCAGCGCCAUCUUACUGCAGUGCAGGAUGAGAAUGGGGACAGCGUCUUACACUUAGCGAUCAUCCACCUUCAUGCUCAGCUUGUGAGGGAUCUGCUAGAAGUCACAGCAGGUGUGAUUUCUGAUGACAUCAUCAACAUGAGAAAUGAUCUUUACCAGACGCCCCUGCACUUAGCAGUAAUCACCAGUCAAGAAGAUGUGGUGGAGGACUUGCUGAGGGCCGGGGCUGACCUGAGUCUUCUGGACCGCUUGGGUAACUCUGUUUUACACCUAGCUGCCAAAGAAGGACAUGAUAAAAUUCUCAGUAUCUUACUCAAGCACAAAAAGGCAGCACUACUUAUCAACCAGCCCAACGGGGAAGGUUUGAACGCCAUUCACAUAGCCAUGAUGAGCAACAGCAUGUCGUGUCUGCGGCUGCUGAUGGCCGCCGGCGCAGACAUAGAUGCUCAGGAGCAGAAGUCUGGGCGCACGGCACUGCACCUGGCUGUGGAGCAUGACAACAUCUCCUUGGCUGGCUGCCUGCUUCUGGAGGGUGAUGCCCAUGUGGACAGUACUACCUUUGAUGGAACUACACCCUUGCACAUAGCAGCUGGGAGAGGGUCCACCAGGCUGGCAGCUCUUCUCAAAGCAGCAGGAGCAGAUCCACUGGUGGAGAACUUUGAGCCUCUCUAUGACCUGGAUGACUCUUGGGAAAGGGAUGGAGAGGACGAAGGGGUCGUGCCUGGAACCACACCUUUAGAUAUGGCUGCCAACUGGCAGGUUUUUGACAUAUUAAAUGGGAAACCAUAUGAGUCAGAGUUAACAUCUGAUGAUUUACUGGCACAAGGAGACAUGAAACAGCUGGCUGAAGAUGCAAAGUUGCAGCUCUACAAGUUGCUAGAAAUCCCUGAUCCAGACAAAAACUGGGCCACUCUGGCACAGAAAUUAGGUCUGGGUAUACUUAAUAAUGCUUUCCGACUGAGUCCUGCUCCUUCUAAAACUCUUAUGGACAACUACGAGGUCUCUGGAGGGACAGUAAAGGAACUGGUAGAGGCCCUGAGACAGAUGGGUUACACGGAAGCAAUUGAAGUCAUCCAGACAGCCUUCUGCAGCUCAGGAACAGCAACCACCAGCUCAGUGAAGACGCCUUCUCAGGCCCACUCGCUGCCUCUCUCACCUUCCUCUACACGGCAGCAAAUAGAUGAGCUCCGAGAUAACGAAAGCAUCUGUGACAGCGGCGUGGAGACCUCCUUCCGCAAACUCAGCUUCACAGAGUCUCUGACCAGCAGCGGCUCAUUGCUAACUCUGAACAAAAUGCCCCACGAUUAUGGGCAGCACGGAUCUAUAGAAGGCAAUGUUUAACCUGCUGGUGAUUUUCAACACUGCAAAACUGAAGCCCUGAAAUUCCACCACAUUGUCCAAAA